UAGAGCUAGAGACAGCCCGCAGCCCGGAACAGGCACACGGCGGAAGGGAGGAAAACACGGGAGGCACCGUUCUCUGAGAUGAAAAUAACUGCACUGUAGUUUUCACAGACUUGUUGCUGUCAACACCAGGACCGUUAAUGACACCGGGACCGUUAGUGACACCGAAAACUCCUACGCCGAUCAUCAGGCUGAGGGUAAAGCCGCAGGUUAAAGUUAACUUGGGACCGGGGUGCGGACUGUUGGAACUGGACUUUGUAGCCGGUUAAUACCCGGACAUGGACCAAUACAGGUACUUUAUCUUCAACCAGAAGAGCGUACUCGUCUUCGGGAUCCUCCAGAUCGCCUGUGCAGGUCUUUGUGUGGUCUGUGGGUUCAUGGACGCGGUUUUCCGCAAGGACACCCCGCUGAGUACCACCAGGACGCCGGUGUGGGGAGGACUGAUCAUGGCCUCUCCAGGUGUUCUGGCUCUGUUUGCCUCGCAGAGGAAAAACUCAGUGCUGGUCAGUGUGAUGGUGGCAGCAGCUGGCCUCUCCUGUGUGGCUGCACUCUUCAUCUCAGGUUAUGCCUGUCUGACGCUCACCUACGGGGAGGAGAAUGAGGACGUCUUCCACCACCAUGACAGUCCUCAAGUGACAUUCGUGCUCCAUCGGAUGGUGAAGGGAGCCAACGCCACCAUCCUGCUGACCUGCACCAUCAGCCUGGCCCUCUCCUCUCUAGUCGCCUUCCUGGGCUGUCGCAGCCUGCCCCGCUGUGGCUGCUAUGACGCCAGAACAGGACUGGAGACACUUGUUCCUCAAUGUGACCCUGGGGACACGGAGAUGGUGUGUACCAGGAGAGCAGGUGGUGAUGAUGACACACUCUUCAACUCUCCAGCUCAGUCCACUGACCAAGGCCCCACUGAGGAAGAGGAGAGGCCCUCUAAACUGCCUCCGUACAUCAGACUGACCUGACACACUUAGUCGGGGAGGGGACUCAAGAUUUCAUUCAAAUCUUGCCAAAGCUGAAUAUCUGUAUAAGACCAACAUCAGGACUGAGAUGUUGUUUGUUCUAAUUCAUAAAUCUUUGUACAUUUUAUGCAUUUAAUAAAUAAAUAAAUGUGACUGAAGUGAUUUCUAAAGAGAGACAACUCCAGUGUGACAUAUUGAGGGAAGUUUAUUGCAAGGCUACACAUGACAAAACCAUUGCAGGCGUUUCCCUCUUCCACUUGUAGUUUCGUUCAUUAGUCACUUUGUGAAUUAAUACUAUUCUGUCAUUGAUGUUUUUCUUUCAGCGUUUGCAAUGAGAGGUACAGUAGCAGUGUUUGUGGUUCAUGGCUAUAGUGAAAUGAAAUGACAAGACCCAGUCCAGUGUGCGGGUAUCAAAAACAAAGGACACUUAAAGAACAGAAACCAAAAUCUAAAACAUGACGUCAUCCUCUGUCGUCACACACAGUCCUCCAUCCUGCAUGGACAGCCUUUGAAUAGUGAGUCCUGAGAGAAGGCCUUUUGGUUUGAUCAAUGGUCCACAUCCUUCAAGAAGAUGUAAAGAUAGAGUGUAACCAGCAGAGGAGCCAGGAGACCAGAUGUGGCCAUGACAACCAUCCAUGACCACAGAGACAGAGCUGCACACUAACAGACUGAGGUGUCAUGGCAACAGCUUUUAUCAUACAACACACAUGCCAAACAUUGUAUCACAAGUUUACACACAGGCUGAGGGGUGGGUACAGGCUUGUACAUGAACAGGUGCAUACCACAAACCCUCACACUGUGGGCACUGUCUGUGCUCACCUACACAGAAUUAUAUUAUCCAACAGCCUGUUCGUGUGUGUGGGGGGCAACUUGUUCACUAAUCAGAAGGUAAGUGGUUUGAUCCCCGGCUCCUCCAGUCCGCAUGUUGAAGUGUCCUUGGGAAAGAUACUUAAGCCCAGAUUGCCUGUGAUGGCUGUUGAAUGUGUGAGUGAAUGUGGCUUGUACUGCAAAGCGUUUUCAGUGUUCUAUAAGCCUACAAAGGCUUACAGGGGGACUGAUGUGGUUUAAAGGAGUACUCUUAAUUCUGAAGUGUUACAUAACAACAUCACAUGCUGCCAGUAUGCAGAGUUAGCUCUGGUGCUGGAUGCUAACAGGUACUGUCACUCAAAACAAGGUGUCUUCAUUUAAACCUGCAAUCACUUGGAGGCAGUGAAAACACGACAUGUCAUCACAUUUUAAGUUCUUAUGUUCGACUUGUGGUCAUACAGCUGUUUAUUUCCACAUCCAGCUGUUAUCGAUGAUAGAUGAUUCAUGUGUAUCUCCUGAUGAAUCUACAGUACAGUACAGUAUUCCCUCUCUUUUAGCUCCAUGUUUGGUCACCAGCUCCUCCUUAGCUUUCUUUAGUCUGUCUGCUAUUUGUAUGAUGAGCAGUUAGAAGACAGAGGCUGUUUACAGUUGAAAACGAGGCCAUGAGAGUGAACCAGACCAGUAUGGUUAUGUCUGAACAUAUGAGCUGAAACUCACUAUGAAGCUCGGUGAAGCUGAGGGGAGCUGCAGACUGUGAUAAUUGUCUGUAGGUUCAUCACUACCACAAACUCCUCUCACAUAAUCAUCAUUAAAAUAUAGAUUAAAGCUGCAUUAAAAAGGCUGUUUCUUUUGGUUUCUUGUCAGGAGCAGGUGGAAGCUGACAAGAACUUCAGCCAUCAUUGUCUUUAUAAUAUAAGAGAUCCUCUGAACAGCUACGUCUUAAUGACAGACUUGAGGCUAUAGUGAGGAGAUGGGCCAGGGCUAGCUGGUUAGCAUGCUAACUUCAGUAGAAGAAAAGACAUGAUAGUUAACACUGGUGUUUGUUUCCACCUCUGGAGACAGCUGUUGGUGAGCAAAGGAAUGAAGUUUGAUGCUGAACUCUCAACGUUUCUUCUCGACGGGUAAGUAAACAGAUGGUAAUGCUAAUGUUAACUAUGUAGCAAAAUAGCAAAACUUACAUAUAGCUGCUUUAAGCUUUCCUGCUGCUUUCUGUUGGGGGAACCAACCUCAGUCAUUAACAAUAACAGCGCAGUGUGUAGGUAGUGAAUUGGUUGAAAUGAUGAAUACUGAUUGGCUAGAGCUGACUGGGGAUGCAAUGAUUUGAAUUUUUGUCUCCUGAAUGACUCAGGAACUGUAAAUAAACUAGUCUUGAGAAACAGUGGCGUUGGCCAAAGACGAAGGGUUUUCACUCAUCACUUAAGCUUUGGUAAUGUAAGGUGGAACUACCAUUAGCUAUUAAUCUGUUACAGUGAUUUUUUAUUUCUCACAUUUGAACCUCUCCUGGGCCAGCCCACAAUAAUGACACGGCUUGACCUGAUUGGACCAAACCAAAUCAGAUGAAACAUCUUUUCAGCUGAAUCAAUCUUACUCAACCCUGAAUUAUUAACCACAGCAAAACAGGCAGUUGCAGCAGGGGCCCCGAAGGCCCGAGGUUCACUGGGUCAAUGCAACUGGUUUCUGGUAAUCUGAUUAAAAGUAGGGGAGAGUGGGGUAAGAUGAGCCAGUGGGUAAGUUGACCCACCCCCUGUAUCUUGGCAACCGUGCACUUUUACCACAUAACAAUGUGACCAUACAUUUUGGAACCACGCAUAAUUUCUGCCAGACUGUGAAAAGGAGAAGCACAUGGGAGGAGUAGUAAGCACUGCUUUACUUUAAAAUCUGUUUUUGGGUUGUCAAAGUAAAUUUUUAGCAUAUCAGAUGUAAUGGCUGCUACAUCAAAGCAAAUUUAUCUGGGUCUAAAAAUAUUUAUGAUGCAUGUUGGUGAUUUGCCAAUGUAUAAUACGAUGCAAAUUAUUUAGCUAAAUAUGAGCCUGAAUUGGUAAGAUAGCUAGUUUUUUUCCAAAAUGGCGGCUAUGGGGCAGAGUGAGCCAAACGCUGUGGGGUAAAUUGGUUUCUAAUAUUUCUAUCCUUCUGAAGUCUGUGCAGUGACAUAAUUGCUUCCUGACCUCCAAUGACGGUGCAGUGUCUCGUAGCUGAUAGCUCAGCAACAGAAUGACCGCUUGGUCAAAAAGGGCAGUGCUGAAAGCAGUGACCACCUUGUUGUGACAUUACAAAAUUCCAGAAAUUCUGAUGGCUUGUUUUAAGCUCUUCUGAAUACAGGCUGUUUGCAUUGCUCUGUGUACUGAGCGCUUUGAU